UUUAUCAAUCCAGAACAAAAAUGACAAACAAAGAGAACAACAAGCAACACAGAUACAAAAAUUGACGUCUGUUGAAAAAAUUUAAUUUUCAUAAACUUCUUUUUCAGUUCUAAAUCCAAGCUUAUAUUGAUCUUGUGAAAACUCUUCGAUAAUGUCAAUGAGUUAUAAACGUCCAACUAGAGAAACUGAAACUUGUAGCAUAUUAAAAAGUGGCAAAAAGAAGAAUAAACAUAAUUUCAGUGACGAUGAUUCGAUACCAACCAAAGAAUUAAUUGAUAAAAUUGAUACAGAACUCAAGCAUCUAAUCGGCCAAAGAAAAAUUCUUCAACGAGCAAAAGAGGGCAAAAAAUAUAGACACACAGUUUCCUCCAAAGUAAUAACAAAUAGCAAAACCAAUGGUAAUGUCAAUUGUAAUAAUUUAUACAACAUGUUGCAAAGAUUUGGCACUCGCAAAACCUCCAAAAAUGUUGAUUCUUCUACUCAAAUUGAGUCUCCAUUUAAGGACUUAGAUUCGAAGAGAAUUUGUAAAGAGCUUUGCAAAAGUGGACAUGUGCACAAGUACACAAAGGAAAAUUCAAAUGUUAGUCAGAAUGAAACCCUUGAAAGUUACGAUAGGACCCGAGUUCAAAAAGUUCAUUCCAUCAAAACCAAGACCAUUUCAUCUAAUAAGAAUUCUCAAACUUGCCAACAUAUAAAUAAACAAAAACUGCGAAAAGUUGUUACACCUGAACUGAAUUUCAUUCGACAUUCUAAAAAAUUAGCAGAAUCCACUAAAAGUCCAAAAAACGACAAACCAACAAAAUGUCAAACAUUUCAAAAAUACGAAGAACGAAACCUGGAAAAAACAAAAAGUUCGAUAAAAAGGCAUGCUAAGCUCUCAGAGGAAAUACUUAAUUAUGCAAAGCACAGAAGCAAUUAUUACGAACACAAGACGAAAUGGUUCGCUCAAAAAUUAAGAACUAAAAAUAAUAAUUUGAAUGGAACUUCAAUCACAUGGCAGUCUCAUAAUGUCAGUACUAUAAAGCCAAAAAUUAUCGACGACAAUACUUAUACAUGUCCUGAUAACUCAGAAGAAAACAGCUAUUUAAUUCUUCCUUACGUCGGAAAUACUAGCAGAGAAGAAGAAUGCUCGGAAACCUCGGCGAAACCGACAAAAGAGUUCUUAAAAUAUCGGGAAAGCAUUGUUAAAGAAAGUACUGCUAAAACGGACGUUCCUUUAAAAUCUCCCUCAUUUGAAAUUGGGAGAAAAGCAGAAAAAAAGCAGACUUCCCAUGAGUCUCAAUUGAAUCAAGAGAUCAAGCGAAAAAGCAAAUUGUUUAAAAGCUCUAAGAAUUACGAUUCGCAUGAUUUGGAAAACACCUGGGAAUCUCAUGUCAAUCGUAAGACUCCACUAAGUUCUAAAUUUGAUACUUCUCAAAAUAAUCGCACAAAAAUAACCUCACCAGGCUAUAGACUGGCUUCUUAUCAUCCCAAACAUUAUCGAAUUCAAUCAGUUCCAAAACAGACUCUAAACUUGGAGAGACAUUCUAUUCACAAAAACGAUAUUUCAAAACCCUAUGUUUCUAAUCAAAACUAUACAAACAAAUAUAGUCAAACCAAGUUAUCACCUGAAGCAAAACAAGACAAGCGAAUCUUCAAACUUAAUAAACUACAAAACCAAAAUAUAAAUGGAUCUUCUGGAAAUUCUGAUGCCUCUAGCAAUACUAAAAAGAGUAGAUCUUCAAGACAAUCAUUUUCAAACAAUAUACAAAAUCAAGCUUCUCCAAUUGCAUUAGAGAAAUCGGAUUUACCAGUUAAGUUAUUACAUGCAAGCUCAAAUAAUUCAGAAACUAAAAAUUCACUCACUGAUGCACUAUCUGGUCAAAAUAAGAAACCUACAAAUUCUUUUGGAUCGCUAAGCAAUGCAAGUAGAAAAAUGUCUUUAGAAAGUCCAAGAGUUAAACAAACAGAAGAGUUUGGUAUCACUUUAAAACCUCAUAAUUUAUUGGAGCCUCGUGAAGUAUCGAAAUUGGAAGCUUUGACAACUAAAAAUAAAGACAACCUUCAACAAACUACACAUUUGAAAAAGGAAACUAGCCCAAUUUCAAAAGAAUCCAGUUCAAAUCUUUAUUUGUCUGGUGGUCAAAUCUUACAACAAAAAAGAAGUUCGGAGGAAGUAAAAAACUAUGGAUUGGUAUCAAAAUCAUUGAAUUUUGAAGCCGGUGUCAUUUCGAAAAAGAAUCUUCACACAGAUGAAUUCAGUCCUGAAAACUACCUUCGGCAUAAAUCAGAUCCAUUACCUUUUAAAGACAAGGACUUAAAUGGACUGAAUGAACCAAUAAGAUCAAAUACAUCCGAGUUGGGCGCCAUUUCUGCUAAGACAAAAGAAAAUGGUGUAAUGUCUCCACAGGUUGACUCUGAUCGAAGAUCUCACAAUCUUGUUUCGGUUACAGAAAAGUUUGAAUCGGACUCUAAACUUAAUCAUUACGACACAAGCUUGAGUUCAAAAACGAGUUCAAAUGGAAAAGAAAAAAGUUUUCCAAAAAAUCAGAAUGUUUCUCAAAAGAUUUCACCAAAAAUUAAUUCUUCAUCCACUAAAACUUCAUUAAAAUAUCAACCAAAAAAUCAUAAAGUUGAUGAGGAACUCCCUCCGGAAUAUUUAACAAAAAUCAGUGAAAAUUCUUUGUCAAUACUUGCGCAGUUGAAAACACACGAAAAUCGGAGUUUUCCGAAAAAUUCCGCUAUUUCUGCUAAGACAAAAGAAUAUGGUGUAAUGUCUACACAAGUUGACUCUGAUCGAAGAUCUCAAAAUCUCGUUUCAGUCACAGACUCUAAACUUAAUGAUUACGACACUAGCAUGAGUUCAAAAACAAGUUCAAAUGGAAAAGAAAAAAAUUUUCUAGAAAGUCAGAAUGUUUCUCGAAAAAUUUCGCCAAAAAUUAAUUCUUCAUCCACUGACACUUCCUUAAAAUAUCAACCAAAAAAUCAUAAAGUUGAUGACAAACUCCCUCCGCAAUAUUUAACAAAAAUCAGUGAAAGUUCUUUGUCAACACUUGCACAGUUGAAAAAACACGAAAAUCCGGGUUUUUCGAAAAAUUCGUCCAAGACCAAACCAAAGCCAUAUAUGAAGCAUAGUGGAAUGUCAUUUCCAAUGGAGUCCGAACGGUCAUUGAAACAAGCAACGUCAACAUCUUAUACCCUCAAUGAGAAAGAGAAUCGUAAAUCUAUUUCAAGACUUUUUCGAUCUACGUUAAAUGGCUCAGAGUUGGGCGCCAUUCCAAAACUUAUUCCGAAUAAAAAGAAGAUAGCUGAUGAACUAACUAAAAGGCGCACAGAAUCUAAUAAUGAAAGCACGGAACCGGGUUUAAAACAAACUGAUGAAGCAAUAUCAAAACCAACAACAUUAAACACUUCAGAAUCAGACAUCAAUGAAAAGCUGAAUCUUUUUGAUUCAAGUCAAAUAAAUGUAUGUCAAUUGAAAGAACAGGAUAAAAGUUGGAUAUCACAUUCAAAUCAAAAUUCGGAAUCUGUCACAAGUUCUAAAAAAAUACUUUCCCAAGCAGAACUCAAAAAAUCUCCUGCUAGUCAAAACUUAGAACGUGUGUCAAAUAACAAUGAUGAAAUAGAAAAAAGUUUUCAAAAACAACAAUCAAAUUUUAAGAAAAAUUUAAAUUCUCCAGUAUCAUCAAAAUCUUUUCAAGGACCUUACAACCAAAAGCCAAUCGUAAUUCGACAAGCUACUUCGUCAUCAGCUAUAUUCAAUUCGGUUAAUCUUGAAGAGAAUGAUGCAUCUAACCGUAGUAAAUUCAGUUUGAUUUCAGCUCAAACCUUAGAAAAAGUGCUUUCAAAUGAAACGGUCUCCGAAAAAGGUAUACAUAAUUUAAGUGAAAUGAAGCCAACAAUCAAUCCUAAUAUGUCAUUUCAAGCAAGAAUUAAAGAAGAAAGAUCUGUCAGCUCAGAGUCUGACAAUGAAUUGAAUGAAAACUCUGAUCAAAAUUGUUCGUCAAGAAAUAAAAAUUUCGGUUUUUUAAGUGAAAUGAAGCCAACAAUCAAUCCCAAUAUGUCAUUUCAAGCAAGAAUUAAAGAAGAAAGAUCUGUCAGCUCAGAGUCUGACAAUGAAUUGAAUGAAAACUCUGAUCAAAAUUGUUCGUCAAUAAAUAAAAAUGUCGGUUUUCUCUCAGACACUUUCAAUCAGAACAAUGUCCAACUUAAAGGUGUUUCGCCAGAUGUUUCGAAUUUAAUACAGCAUUUGAAUAAUCGAGUUAGGGAUUGUGAUCAAUAUGUUAAAAAUCAAUCCCAAGAACUUGAAAAACUUAAAAAGACAUGUGAAACAGUUUUAGCCUUAAAUGUUGAAGAUAAGAAGAAGCUAGAUGAUUCAAAAUGUACAGAAGAUACUCCAGAAAAUGACCUUAAGGAUGAAAGUAGCUGUCAUUGUAUUUUCUGCGAAGAGGAAAAUUCUACUUCGGAGUGUUCUGACGAAAUACCACCAUUUACGGGUUGUGAAUGUAUGAAAGAAGACUACUAUAAAAUAAUGCAAAUAGCCUACAACUCAUAAAUAUUGAAAUUAAAUUAAAUUGAAUUAUUGAAUAAAAUAAACUUAUAUUU